AUGUUAAGAAGUUUUAUUGUUUUACAACUAUUGCUAUUGGUAUCACCAGCAUAUGGUGCCGAUAAAUGUCCACCAAUUUUUGGUGAAUUUGAAUGCCCAUUAAACUACAAUUGUGUUGAUAGUACAUGCGCCUCCUCAGAUGGUAUUGCUGCUCCAUGGGAAUGCGAUAAAGUUACUUGUCCAGAAAGUAAACGUUGUUUUAAGGGACGUUGUUAUGAGGCAAAAGGAUUGGUUUGUAAUCGAAAUGUUAUUGUUGCAAAUAUGUCAGCAAAAUCGAUCAUUUCUGAUUGUGGUAUGCAAGGCAAAUGUGUUAACGGACGUUGCGUAGAAGACAGAUGUAUUGGAGUAAUCUGUAAACUGAACGAAAUUUGUCGUGACGGCACCUGUGUUGAAAUGGUAAAUAAAUUCUGCAUCAACGAUUUUGACUGUGGUCCAAACUUAGAUUGUGUUUCCAAUAAGUGUGUUUAUUUUGAAAAAGCGUUACCCUGUCACUGCGAUCCAGCAGAAACCUGUCAACAGGGAAGAUGUUAUCCGGAUUCAAAAUGUGCUCAUAUAACCUGCGGAGAAGGUCAGUUAUGCAGCGACGGGAUUUGCAUUUCAGCUAUUGGACGAGACUGUUCGCAGGAGGAAUGUCAGGGCGGAACUGUAUGUAUCCAGGGGCACUGUGCACUUGACGAAUGUAAGAAUCGAUGUCCUGUAGAUUACGCUUGUAGACGAGGACAGUGCAGACAUUUACAAGGUCUAAUUUGUCAAACAGAAUGUCCGUCACCCUACGAAUGUGUUGAUGGACUUUGCACUCGCGACGACUGUUCGCAAAAAAUAUGUCAAGUUGGUGAAGUUUGUGAAAAUGGUUUUUGUAUUCGAGUCGAAGGUCGUCUUUGUUCGUUGGCAGUUCGAGAUUGUGGAGAAGGUUUUGAGUGUGAAUCAAAUAUAUGCCGAGACAAGGUAUUAUUGUAG